AUGUCCGUCGAGGAAGGCACCCAUGCUUUGGCUGAUGGCAAGCAGCUAUAUACGAAGACAUUCAAGGUAUGGUGGAGCCAUAGCAAUAAGAUCGACAUUAACGCAAUGAGCAGACGGACGGUCCGGCCAAAGCCCGACUUGUGUUCAUCCACGGAUUCUCAGACAGGAUGGGGCCGAUCUGUAGCAAAACACGCCGAGCGAGGAGACACGGGCCCGACUACUCAGGUGCUGGACGACAUUACCUCCUUCAUCAAGACAUUGAUCCCGAGCCCUGUCCCGCUCUUCAUGAUGGGGCAUUCCAUGGGUGGCGGUGAAACGCUCUGCUAUGCCGCACAGGGUCCAGAGGAGGUGCUCAAGCACAUUCGCGGCUUCCUCUUGGAGUCGCCCUUCAUCGACUUUGACCCCAAGUCCAAGCCAUCACCCAUCACGGUCUUCUUCGGUAGGGUCGCUGGAAAGCUCAUGGCAAAGCGUCAGUUGACCAACAAACUGGAUCCAAAACUCAUCUCGCGAGACCCAGAGGUCUGCAAGCGAUUCGAUGAAGACGAGCUCUGUCAUGAUACCGGCACACUCGAGGGGCUUGCGGGAUUGCUCGAUCGCACCAAUGCUUUGUCCAGUGGGAAGAUCAUCAUACCUGACAAUGUUGGAGAGGGUGGCGUAACGAGGAUCUGGAUUGCUCACGGCGAGCAGGAUGGCAUCACUAGCUACCAUGCCUCGAAACGCCUGUUCGAUGCCUUGCAAGUCAAGGACAAGGAGUUCAGAUCGUACGCCGGACACUUUCAUCGCUGUAAGUAUAUGUCUGACCCAGUCCAUGGUAUUGGCACUAACCUUGUCAGUACACGACGAGCCUAG